GGAAAAUGCAGAACGGCGGCGAAGUAGAAUUUUCUGCGGAAUCUGCAACAGACAGAAGUAAAUGAGAUGAUGCGUGAAUCAGAAUAAUCAUAAUCGGCAGCCACGAGGGACAACCUCAGUAGCGAAGGAGGGCCCCGAUAGCAACAAUCGAGGCUACCAUAUACAGACAGUUGUGAAGGGGGCCGCCAUUUUUCCGCGUGAGUUUGUUGCCACACAUUGUUGGCCUGCCCUUUUCCCUCCAACCAAACAGGGCGUUAACGUCCGAGGCGGUUGAUUGCUUCUACUGAUUUACUACGCAAACUCGAGAAGCCCUGCAUAUUUGUGGAGCCACCGAGCCCCUCCCCAUCUCUAUAAAUCUCGAGCCCAACGAUGGGGGAUGGGAGAAAGACGAAAGGGAACGAAUAAGAGAGUGAAAUAUCAGACGACGUAAUCGUCCUGUUCGAAGAGGAAGGAGAAGACAAUGGGCAGUGGUGAUAGCGAGUUGGUGGUGUUGAUAACCGGGUGUACUCUCGGUGGCAUAGGCCAUGCUCUGGCGGUGGCGUUUGCAUCCAAGGGUUGCAGGGUUGUGGCCACCAGCAGGUCGCUGAACUCCAUGGAAGCCCUCGAUCGCACCAACGCCGGCAUCUUUCUGGAGGAAUUGGACGUCUCUUCCCCGGACAGCAUUGAUCGGGCUAUCAACAGUGUUAUGAGCAGGUACGGCAGGAUUGAUGUGCUUGUUAAUAAUGCUGGGGUUCACUCCGUCGGCCCCCUUGCUGAGCUUCCCUUGGAAUCGUUGCAGAGCACCUUCGAUACCAAUGUCUUCGGCCCCAUGAGAGUUAUUCAAGCAGUGACCCCACACAUGCUGAAGAGAAGGUCAGGCAAGAUAGUAAAUAUUGGAAGUGUUGUUGCUUUGGCACCUGGACCUUGGGCUGGUGCUUAUUCUGCAUCUAAAGCUGCGCUUCAUGCUUUGACUGACACCUUAAGAAUGGAACUGAAGGGUUUUAACAUUGAUGUCAUUACUGUUGUACCUGGAGGUAUUAAAACAAAUCUUGCAAACAAUUCAUUAACCAGUUACUCUAAGUUGCCUGAGUGGAAGUUCUACAAGCCAUUUGAAGCGGCCAUUCAAGCAAGGACCCAUGCCUCACAGGGCAAGAAAUGCACUCCAGCAGAGGAGUUCGCAGAGAAGACUGUGACUGUUGUGCUUCGAAAAAAUCCACCAGCAUGGUUCUCUUAUGGCCGAUACUCCACUAUGUUUUCCAUUCUAUACCAUGUUCCUCUGUGGGUGCGUGACUCGCUAUUCAGACAGAUAAUGAAAUGUUGAUAUGUGGCUGAUUAAUAUCGGUAGGGCAGAGUGUUCGGUCACGAACUAGUCAUCAGAUAUUUUGGCAAUGGUAAUCGCAGCAUUAUCCCUUAAUCAAUAAGAUGGUUUCCUUUGAUUGAAAAUCCAGAGAGUGGAGACAAGGAGAGGCAUAAAUCUAUUAUUGCCUCUCAGCAGGUCUCUAUAAGAUGGUCACUCUGGUUCUGGUUGUUUAUUCUCGGUAUCUAAGAUGUCGUUUAAGACAUUGUAAUAAAAGGCUCUUUUAUGGAGUUUUGGCGUUGGGAACCUUCUAUUCGUUGUUAUUGUUUGAAAAUAAGAUUAAAGAAAAGCAGUUGGACGUUUUC